AUGCCACAAGUUAAAUUAACCAUUGUGAUCGCUAGUACUAAGGCAAUCGUUACUGUGGGAAUGAAUAUGUGGAAAGGCAUAAAUGGAAUGCAACUCUUACUAUAUGGCACUAGCUUAGAAACUAUGAUGGAAAAUAAUGCCUCGUCGCUUUAUUCAUUAAAGACUGAGUAUAAUGCAGACUCUAUAGAAUUUUGUCCAUUUCAAACACACUCAGAAUUUUUAACAUGUGGAACUUAUCAAUUAGUUCGUAAUGAAGAAGUAAAAGAUGAAAUUCCAAAAAGACAAGAAAUACAAAGGAUUGAAAUGAACGCUAUACCUGAUAUGAAAUGGUCACAUCAGUUAUUAUCUGAUAAAUAUAUUUUGUCUGUAGCAGAUGCAAAUGGGAUGAUUUCUUUAUAUGAAUUUGAUAAGAAUAGAUUAAGCCCAAUAACGAAAUUUAUGGCCAAUAAUGACGAAAAAUUGUGUCUUUCUCUUGAAUGGUCAAAUAGAAUUAAUUUAAGUUCAUCGUCACCAUCUUCAUCCUCUUCUUCAAUCGUAGUUUCUCAAAGUGAUGGAAGCGUUAUUGUCAUGUCUGUUGAUCAACAAAUUGGAAUUUGUGAAAAGAAUAGAUGGAUUGCACACGAAUUUGAAGCAUGGAUUGCAACUUUUAAUUAUUGGAAUCCAAAUAUUGUUUAUACUGGUUGGGAUAUAAGAAUGGAUUUAUCAACAUCAAUAUUUUCCAAUACAAAACACGAGGAAGGCGUUUGUAGUAUUCAAUCUAAUCCUCAUACGGAAAAUUAUUUUAUUUCCGGAAGUUACGAUGAAAAUGUUUUACUUUGGGACACAAGAUCACUAAAAAGCCCCGUAAAUACCUAUAAUAUUAAUGGUGGUGUUUGGAGAUUAAAAUGGCAUCCAUUCAAUAAAGAUUUAUUUGUUGCUGCUUGUAUGUAUAAUGGAUUUCAUGUAAUCAAAACGAGCGACGAAUUAAAAGGCAAAAACGACAAUGAUGAUGUUGUAAUAACGAUGAUGAAAUCUUCAAGUUUUAUGAAGCAUCAAUCGAUUGCUUAUGGUGUUGACUGGUCGUAUUCAAGAAACCUGAAUCAUAACAAAUCGUUAUUAGCAAGUUGUUCAUUUUAUGAUAAUCUUGUACAUCUUUGCGAAUCAAUAUAUAUAUUGUAUGUCGAUGGUUUAACCAAUGAUGGGCUACACGAGGAAGGCGUUUGUAGUAUUCAAUCUAAUCCUCAUACGGAAAAUUAUUUUAUUUCCGGAAGUUACGAUGAAAAUGUUUUACUUUGGGACACAAGAUCACUAAAAAGCCCCGUAAAUACCUAUAAUAUUAAUGGUGGUGUUUGGAGAUUAAAAUGGCAUCCAUUCAAUAAAGAUUUAUUUGUUGCUGCUUGUAUGUAUAAUGGAUUUCAUGUAAUCAAAACGAGCGACGAAUUAAAAGGCAAAAACGACAAUGAUGAUGUUGUAAUAACGAUGAUGAAAUCUUCAAGUUUUAUGAAGCAUCAAUCGAUUGCUUAUGGUGUUGACUGGUCGUAUUCAAGAAACCUGAAUCAUAACAAAUCGUUAUUAGCAAGUUGUUCAUUUUAUGAUAAUCUUGUACAUCUUUGGUAA